AUGUUACAGAGGCAAGACCAAGGAGGCAUCAGCUCUACCCCAAAUUGUGUUCCGGAGACCCCAUUCUCGCCGCCCCUCGCGCCUAAAGUACAAACGGAAGCCCCUGUGGCGCAAAUGUCAUACAAGCAGAGCCUAAGGACUUUCUUGCAGGAGCCAAGAACAGAACCAGAACUCAUGGACGAAGAAGUAUCGGACGAUGAUGAGAUCAAUGAGGAUGACGAUCCGGCAUGCCCAAGAAUCAGAGUUACUAAAGAAGAGAAGGCGAGACUCCGGCGUCCUUGGAGACGUUCCCUGAUUAUCAAGCUUCUUGGGAAGCAGAUCGGCUACAACUUUCUCCUCCGACGGCUCCAGACCAUGUGGAAACCGGAAGGAAAUAUGGAAAUCAUCGACCUGGAUAAUGACUAUUACUUGGCAAGAUUUGAGAACAAGCUGGAUUAUGACUUUGCAACGUUCGAGGGACCAUGGAUAAUCAUGGAUCAUUACCUAGUGGUACAAGAAUGGAGACCAAACUUCAAUCCCCACUCCAACGAGAUAGAGAAACUGUUAGUCUGGGCACGUUUGCCAACUUUGCCUAUUGAAUAUUUUGAGGAUGAUUUCCUGCAAAAGAUCGGCGACAAGAUUGGACGCACCAUAAAAGUGGACGGAACAACUAGCCCGGUCUCGAGGGGAAAAUUCGCACGAGUGUGCGUCGAAAUCAACAUCACGAAACCCCUCCUGUCAAAAUACACUCUGGGGGAAAUGGUGUGGCCAAUUGAAUACGAAGGUAUCCAUCUAAUUUGCUUUAACUGCGGGAUUUAUGGGCAUAGACAAGAUCAAUGCGGCGGACGGGUAGAGACGACGACCAACGACGAGGGAAGGCAAGAGGGAGCACCUAUGGCAAUGGAGGACGAUGGUAAUACGAUGUAUAGACCGGCACUAAGGCAGUCAAAAGAAACCAGACCAUUAGUCGGGAAGGAAAGGUUUGGAAGCUAG